AUGGCUUCUGACGUCGUUACCAUUUCCGGGCCUGAGUAUCAGGUGCCGCAAGCUGUUGAUGAGUUCUUGGGAAUGGUGCCGGAAAGCCACGAAAUCUCUCUACGCGCAACACCUCAGUUGCGCGAAUUCCUCAAAUCUGCAGAAUUUGAACAAGACCUAAGACCUACCCUGAAAAAUUCCUACGAAGUUGACCUGGAAGUCCGCAAUGACUCUAAGCUAGAGAACAUGAAGCUCAGUGAGGAACCCGAGCCUGAAGCUGCUGAAGAGCGUCUCUUGCUGCAAUACACGCGUAAUAACGCUGGCGGGCUCAAGGAUGCCAUUGACUUCCUUGUCUCGCGUCUCAUCUCCCAAGGUCUGGAUGCAUCUACCGUCAAAGGAGCUAUCCCCAGGCCUAAAUCCGACUCCUUUGAAGAUUCUCUACCAUUCUUCGACUCUAAGUUGCUCCACAAUGCGCCUACUCCUCUAGGCACUGACUCUCCCACCCGUUCGACUUUCGGUGACGAUGUCAGCGAUCGCGGUUCCCUCUUCGGAAAGAUCCGCAAACCAGGCAGCAUCUCCUCUAUCUCCUCCUACUUUGACCGACGCAAGAAUCAGUCCAACUCACCCGGCUCGUUUUUCAAGCAAGCCUCUGCAAAUGCGUCGCGCGCCUCUCUCAUUUCUAUGGAGUCCCGCGACAGCGGCUACCGUAAUCCCUGGAACGAUAGUGGCAUUAAUCUACCCGAGGGUGAAGAAGCCUUCACUAACGGAGGAUGGCCCCUUCGCUUUGAAAACAAAUCAGAGCAAAAGCUCCCCUUCCAUCAUGGACUUAUCAAUGGCGACAUGACCCCACGCUACGAUCCCCGCAUGUCACACGACAGCGGACGUCCCAGCACUUCUCAUUCUACCAAUGGAUACCCGGCCCCGAUAGGGUCACAUCGUUCUCACUAG